GGCGGAAGUUGCCGCGGGCAGGACGAUGCUGGGCCGGGCCACUGCGCUGCGUAGGGGGUUGCAGGUGGCGGCGGGAAGGACGCGCGGGCCGGACAGCGGCCGGGGCUCUGCCCUGCCCGCCGGGCUGGACCCCGCGCUGCUGGGGCUGCUCGUGUGCCCGCUGUCCAAGCGCCCGCUGCGGUACGAAGAAUCCACCAACGAACUGAUCAAUGAGGAGCUGGGCAUCGCCUACCCAGUGGUGGACGGCAUCCCUAACAUGAUACCACAGGCGGCGAGGAAGAUCGAAGCCGAGCCCCUUCACUCCACAGGCGAGGAGUCAACGCAAAGCUAGAUAGUGCUGUCCUAGAGAGCAA